GAUGAGCUCACGCGUUAUCUCGCCAGCGCGCCCGAGCCCACCAAUGAUGCUCUCGCAUGGUGGUCGGAGCGGCGCGGCAUGUAUCCGCACCUCGCGCGGAUGGCACUAGACUAUCUGUCUAUCCCAGCGACUUCCGUGGACGUCGAGCGUACGUUCAGUCGUGGCCGACGCCUGCUGAGCCAUGUGCGUAGCCGUCUCAGCGCGCAGACCACGCGUGCAGUCUUGUGUCUCGGAGACUGGGUUCGAUGGGACAUGGUACGCCCUGAAGAUGUG